AUGGGGGAUCCCGGAGCUUUUGUUGUUAAUUGUGCUAUCAAAGAUUGUGGGUUUAGGAAUGCUUUGGCCGACCUCGGAGCCGCCAUAAACAUCAUGCCCUUUCAUGUGUUUAAACGGCUCAAGUUUCCUUAUAUCUCUGCCACACCACUCACAGUUCGGUUAGCAGACGGGACCGAAAGGUGCCCACGAGGGGUAGCGGAAGAUGUGUUUGUUAAGAUUGGUGAAAAUCUUGUGCCGGUAGAUUUUGUCGUUCUUGAUGUAGGAGAUCUAGACGUACCUUUGAUCCUUGGAAGACCUUUCUUGGCUACUUGUCAUGCUCUCAUUGAUGUGGGAACGGGUAAGCUAACAUUGAGAAUAAAUGACGAAGAGCUAAAUGAGAUAGGAAAGGCACAAUAUAAAUCCAACGACCGUCAAAACCCUUACAAAGCAUAA